AGUGAUCUGAAGCGGACUGCAUCCGUGGACAGUUUAAAGGGGUGUGCGCCCCGGUUACAUAGAUAAAAGUGUGCUUAUUGUACGUUUGACAAUAAAUAUUAACUAAUACUAUAUGAACUGGAAAUAAUACGUGAUCGAGAUGGGAGGAUUACUCAGUUACUUUCGUAAUUUGCUCGGUAGUCGAGAAAUGCGAAUUUUAAUUCUAGGCUUGGAUGGAGCCGGAAAAACUACGAUUUUGUACAGGUUACAGGUUGGAGAAGUAGUUACAACAAUACCCACUAUAGGAUUUAACGUAGAACAGGUUACAUACAAGAAUUUAAAAUUUCAAGUCUGGGAUCUGGGAGGUCAAACUAGUAUACGGCCAUAUUGGAGGUGUUAUUAUUCAAAUACAGAUGCAAUUAUUUAUGUUGUGGACUCGGCAGACAAGGAUAGGAUAGGCAUAUCAAAAGAUGAAUUAAUUUAUAUGUUAAGGGAAGAAGAAUUGCAAGGUGCCAUUCUGGUGGUCUUAGCAAAUAAACAAGAUAUGGCAGGAUGUUUAAGUGUAGCAGAGGUGCAUCAGGCGCUUGGAUUAGAUGCCCUUAAAAACAGAACUUUCCAAAUCUUUAAGACGUCUGCAACAAAAGGUGAAGGACUUGAUCAAGCAAUGGACUGGUUGUCGAAUGCGCUGCAAAGUAGAAAAUGAUUAAUAUUAUUAAGAAACAUUUUUUACCUAAGCCUUAUUGAGAAGACUAGUCACACGACUGUCACAAUGAAUGACCUACAUAGAGCUGGGCACAUUUUGUUUAUUUAUUAUAAUUAUAUUUUAAACAGCUUUACGAAUUCCAUCAGAAGUUUACUCUAUGAUUUAUUACGAUUUUCAUAAAUGUGAAGCAAAGAAUAAAAGGGCAAACAAAAUGUUUUACCUUUCCAUACAAUUUUGAAUAAAACAGAAAUGUAUUCGAUUCUUAAGUACUUUUCCUGCAUCGUUAUUAAAGAAUUAUAUUAUUAUCGUAAUGUGAACAUUUUAUUUGUUAUUAUGUUUUUUAUUAUACGAAGCAAUAGAAAGUAGUAGCUUUUAAUAACAUUUUCUUACCAUUUUAUUAAUUAAUUCAAAAAGAUCAUGUAGUAAAAAUCGAAAAUCGUUCGAGAUGUAAAGCUUUUGACGUACUGUGUGAAUAAUUAUGUAAAUAUAUGUGUCUCAAUGAUUUCAUUCAUACAAUGUAAGUACUACAUACAUGUAGAAUGUCCUUUUGUAACAAGAAAAAAGAAAA